GCUGCAGCAGAAACGUACUUUACCUUUGCUUUAACUGGGAAAUUGGAUCUGAUGUUCGCUAGUUUCUCAGAUGCCAGCGACGAUGAUUCUGGUGAAUGCAGAACGUUAGGAACAGCGGAAAUGGAUCCAUUUACGAUUGAACUGCCUUCGGAAUUGCCAGUUCCACUCGAUGAACUGCGUGAUAAGCUACAGGAACUUUCGUGUGUGAAGUUUUUGCACAUGCGGCAAAUCAUGCAACGAAAAGAGGAACGUGUUAUUGUUUCUGCCGUUGGUACAAUCGAAUCUGUACAUAAACUACGUGGAUUGCUAUCAGUACAGCCGGCAGUUAGUUCAUUUCCAAACUGCCAAGAGAAUGGUAAAGCUAUAAGCCGACAUAUUCUGCCACGCUUCGAAAAGCUUGGAAUAUGUGAAAUAGAAUCUGAAAAUGAAAGUGCGGCUGACAGUGGCGAAGAUGAAUUAGUUGAAAAUAAAAGUGUGUCGGUUCAGGAUGAAGGCAGAGUAACUGAAAAAGAGGAUGCAUUUGCCCAUAACGAAGUUGUAAUUGAGAAAGAGGAUGCCGCUGCCGUUGAUGAAGGCAGAGUAGAUGAAAAUGAAAAUAAAUAUGCAGCGGCUCAUGAUGAAGGCAAAGUAGUUGAGAAUAAAGAUGCGGCGGCGGCCGUUGAUGAAGGCACUGUGGCUGAAAAUGAAAAUGCAGCUGCUUAUGACGAACAUGAAGUAGUUAAAAAUGAAGGUGUGGCGGCUCAUGAUGUAGACAAUGUAGCUGAAAAUCAGGUUGCAGCGGCUCAUGAUGAAGAUAAAGUAGCUGCAAAGGAAGAAGCAGCGGCCGGUGAUAAAGGUAUGAACUUUGUCGGAUGUCGAGUAAUUAUGUAG